CGACGAAGAAGAAGUGUUCCCAAACAACAACCAUUCCGCGCUCCUCAACUGAUCGUUCAGUACAGUACAGCACCGUUUCCGUUCAAUUGAACUUUCCAGAGCGUAAAAACUAAUGCAGCGCUGGUUUCAAGGGGUUUACAAAACAAUGUGUUCCCAACAGGUUCGCGUUAGGCUUCUCCCCAGCCCUCGCUGUUUCUUCGACGAGCAAGUGCACGUGCAGGUAGAUGGACUUUCUCCACACCAGAAAGUGGAGUUGAGGUCCAAACUCCGGGACGAUAAAGGGGUAAUCUUCAGAGCUUCUGCCCUGUACGAGGCAGAUGCUGCAGGACAGGUGGACCUGUGCCGCUCUCCCUCUCUGGGCGGCAGCUACACGGGAGUUGAACCCAUGGGCUUGUUUUGGACCAUGGCGCCCGAGACUCCACACAGCAAAAUGUUAAAAAAGAAUGUGUUGGAUUCAAUGAUGGUUAAUAUAGACGUUCUGCAUGGGGAUACAGGUGAGCUCUUGGUCACAGAGACCAACGAGAGGCGGUUCAUGACAGAAGGGGUGAGGAGGAUACCGUUGGACUUGAAAGAAGGAAGAAUUCGGGGUGUCCUCUUUCUACCACCGGGUCAGUAGGCCAUUCAAACUGCUCUCAAGUGGGAAAUUGUAUUUUUGGGUCCACAGGGCCAGUAUUAAUAAACACUGCUCUAAGGAAAUGAGGCCUAAACCUCAAUUAUUAGUUUUUAACCAUAGGGCCUAUACUGUUGAUGAUUUAAAAGUCUGCCAGUGUGUUGUUGUGAGUUCUCCUAAGAAAAACACAAAUUACAUUUUAGAUGUCCUAUAGGACUUUGCAUUAGACAACAAGGCCUACUUUGCAUUGCGUAGGUAUUAUAUAGGUAGGCAGGCCAGAAACCAUCUCCAUAUGUAGUGUGACAAAACAGCAAUGGGCCUACAUUUCUCUCUUGUUAUUCUCUCUUGUUAUUCUCUCUUGUUAUUCUCUCUCUCUCUCUCUCUCUCUCUCUCUCUCUCUAGUCCUCUUCUAUUCUCCCCUCCUUAGGUAAGGGUCCAUUUCCUGGGGUACUAGAUGUGUAUACUCUGGGUGGAGGUCUAUCUGAGGUCCGGGCCAGUCUGCUGGCUAACAAAGGCUUUGUGGUUCUGGCGCUGGCUUACUAUGGCUACCAGGACCUGUCCAGAACCGUUCCUAAACACUUUGACCUGGAGUACUUUGAAGAGGCCAUUACAUUCCUGAGGAGACAGCCACAGGUUAGUGGAGGAAGAAGAGGAGGAGUUGUGAUCAGUCUCCUCAAGUCCAUAUAAUGUCCAGGGCUGGGUUUCCCAAAAGCAUCGUAGCACUAAGAUCAUCGUAAUUCCGUUGAAACUAAAUGGACGAAAAAUGAUCUUAGUGCAAUGAUGCUUUUGGGAAACCCAGCCCAGCACUCUUAUUUUGAGACGCAUCAUGAAUAUGGGCCAUUUGUUCCAUUAGAAGAAAAUAUCACCUUGAGGUUUCUCUCACUAGGCGUCAAUAUUUUGUUAGCUGUGUAAAGGCUGCCAUCUAGUGGCUGCUGUUUGCUUUACACUAGGGCGGUCCCCCGACCCAAAAAAAUCUUGGUCGACCAAGAGUUGUCUGUUCUUUCGACCAAUUGAUUGGUAAAAAUUUUACAAAAUGUGCGUUUUUCCAUAGACACAUCCUAUGUGUUUUAAUCAAAUCAACUAUAUGCACUGAGCUUGUCUGAUGCUUUAAGCGAACUGUUUGAAAUAAUUAAGACACACAAAUGACUAGAGGGAGUCCGACCGCAAUUGAUUUGAUUGUGCCGCCAGGCUCAGACUUGUGUUAAAAAAAGACAGCGAGUGACUGUGACUAGCACCCGUUGUCUCUCUCUCCUCCCUGCUGCAGCGACCACCACAGAACAUCAGUGUGUAUAGCCUGUAUUGCUGAAGCUGCAACAUAUAUAUAUAUAUAUAUAUAUAUAUAUAUAUAUAUAUAUAUAUAUAUAUAUAUACAGCCAUUUCUGACUGAAAAGUUAUGUUACCAAAAUUCCUCAUUUGUUUAGGAAAAACAUUCCCUAUUCCCUCAACCCUUGCUCUCUUUAUGUGACACAUGUAUGCUUGGCUUUGCUUUGUGACCAAUAGGGCCUGACCUAUAGCAUGUCGCCAAUAGGGCCUGACCUAUAGCAUGUCAUAAUCACAUCAAUAAAUUGGUUAGAACAAACUCUGAACACCGUAACACAUGUAACAGCAAAACGGAUGCAGAUGAUGUGACAAAUAAACUCAAAACGGGGGACUGUUUUCUGGUUGCGCAGGAAGUAAAGGGGAAAUCAGAUGUGUGGAAUAAAUAAAUAAAUUGUGGAAAACAGAUCAAGAAAAAUAAGGUAUGGAGUGCUGCGUGCAUAUUUAUUGUUCAAGCUAAUUUUUCAAUGGUCGUUGUUAUUUUAUUUUAAAACAAAAUUGCUGGAUUGCAUUUCACAUCAUGAAUGACUCGUAUGCUGUGUGAUUACAUGAUACGAAAUAAUGAUUGAUUGAUACAGUAGCCUAUAUAAGUAUUGAAAUAAAGGCCUAAGUAAGUUCCGGUAUUAAGACUAAACAGGAUGUGCUCUUAGGCUACAGGUCCAUGGUGGUUAUACAAGACUGCUAAACUAAGCCUACUAAUGAUAAUUACAUCACUUAUUAUAAUGAUUAUCAUCAAUAAUAAUAAUAAUAAGAAGAAGGAGAUCAAGGAAAAAGGAGGGUUAUUAAUAUUAUAAUUAUUCAGACUAUUUGGAACAGUGUAAACAACACUAAAUACAUUAUAAAUAAUACCAGAGAGGCUGGUCUAACGACUAAAAGUGAAAAGCCUUUAUUACAGCAAAAUAAAGAUUAAAAACAGCCGAAUUUGUGAAAUUGUUGCGUGGGGCUUGUUGCUCCCGGAAUCAGUAGGCUAUCAACCAAACAGGUAACAGAAGCAGGAUCUGUCUUAUUUCUGUAGAUAUAUUGAUGAUUUAUAAACCAGGCCACAUUUAACAGUUAGGCUGUUGAUUUAUAGACCUAAUUAAGUUGGCGUUUCCUCUCUCUUCACAUUUCUUCGACAAUAAGGCGAGGGCUGUUUUCUCAUCUAACUCCGCUGCUGCCUCCGCCACAUUGUUCUCAACACCAAUAUGCUGGUUAACUUUGCUAUUAUGCACAUAGCAACAUGGUCUAGGAAAAGGCGCCAAUUCAACAGCGCACUGAUGUGUUUCAGAACCGCGGACAGCGACCGCUAUCCAACGUGGGAGAAAGCGCAUUUUGUUAUAAAAAUAAUAUAAUUUUGAUUUGUGUUGCACCAUUGCUCUUACAUAAUAUAACCAUAUACAAUUUCAGUAGCACAUGCUUUAGAGUGAUGGACUGUGACCACCCCCACGGCCUCCACAAUGGGUCAGUCCACUCAGACAGGCGCGAACCAGGCAGGUGUCUUGGACAACAUUAUUAUUUUUUUUGCUACUGCUCGACUAAAGAAAUCUCGGUGACCAACAGCCUAUCGACCAGUCGACUAAAUGGGGUACUCUACACGUAUCAACAAAACAGCUAAGCCCAUAACAAUGGCACAACGCAAUAACAAUGCUCUUUAUGUGUUCAAUUCAACCAUCUAUUUAUUGGUUUGUCAAAACCGGUUGACCUUGAUUGUCUGUAAUGAUUUUAAGUCUCUUGGCAAACCAUGCUAUUUUCCUCUAGGUUCAAGGUCCAGGAAUAGGAAUCCUGUCCAUCUCCAAGAGUGGCGACCUGGCUCUGUCCAUGGCCUCGUUUCUCUCUGGCAUCUCCGCCACAGCCUGUAUCAACAGCAGCAACGCUAAUAUCAUGACGCCUCUGCACUACAAAGACCUCAUCAUCCCCCCCCUCAUGCCUGUCCUAGAGAACGUCACUCUCUUACCGUCCGGCCUCCUCGACGUCCGAGACGCCAUUCCGGACCCGGAGACUGAGGGGAACCGCGGUUACUGUGAUCCCAAUAGAACUUUCCGGAUCUAGGUUCCUCUUCGCCGUCUCGGAGGACGACAGGAACUGGAACAGCUGGUCUCUUCGCCCAGCAGGGCCGCCGCCCGGCUGAGGAAUCAUGGGAAAGAUAACUUUGAGGUUGUGACGUACCCCAGGGCGGGGCAUUUCCUGGAGGUGCCCUACAUGCCCCACUGUCCGUCAGGCUUCCACUCUGCUCUGGGUAAAGUGGUGGUGUAUGGGGGAGAGGCUAAAGGCCCACCACGAGGCUCAGCUGGACCUGUGGAGGAGGGUCCAGGAGUUCUUCAGGAAACACCUGAAGGACAGCAGCAACACUGUCCAGGAUGCCAGGCUGUAA